AUGAUAUGCACUCAGAAUGACGUGCAUCCAACAUCCUCCCUCUCCCAGGUGGCAGACAUGUCACGGCUGAAGCACCCAGCAGUGGUGCCGCUGCUGGGGUACUGCAUCGACUACAAUGAGGAGACCCUGCAGAUGGAGCAAAUCAUCGUGUCUCAGUUCAUGCCCAAUGGGGAUCUCUCCCAGUGGACCAUGCCAGGGGCCAAGCCCAUGUCAUUGCGUGUGAGGCUGGCGGUGCUGGUGGACGUGGUGGAUGGGCUGAGCUUCCUCCACAACCGUCGGAUCACGCACCGCGAUAUGAAGCCGGCCAACGUGCUGCUGGAUGCCGACAUGCGGGUGAGGCCGGAGCUUGAAUGA